UGUUCGAGAGACGAUUUGAACGGGAGCCAUUGUUACUUCGAGAAAAAGGACAUAUACUUUGCCAUUUGUAAAUAUGAUGAAAUGGUUAUUGACGUCUGAGUUGAUGACAAAGUGUUUAGAUCGUUUCUUUAAAACGUGUAUGCAGGAUUUAUAUCAAUUAAUAACACGUAAUUAGGCAUUUCCAAAUUAGUGGGAAAUGUGAUCAAUGAUUAUUCGAGUAUCGAUGUUUGACGGGGAUGAUAACAAAUACACUUUAAUGCUAGAAAUAAUAAAAUUUAUGCAGUUUAAUCGAAGAUUAAUUGGAUCUUUUAAUUUAUUCAUUUUAAGCGAAUCGGACCUAAUUUCACUGUGUUUCUAAAUUAGCAAGUAUAACAAAGCACAACGAGAAUUAGCCUAUUAUACAGUCGAAUUAUCAAACCAGAGUGCAGACGGUACAGACUUUCACCAACGUAUUUUAAUCAAACUACCGCCACGUACCGGUAUCUACAAGAUCCAGUUUUCAUUAUUUACGAAUAACAAUGAACCGACCAGUGACACCCGACAUUCAGCGGGGUGUAGAACCAUUGAAAACUGCCAAAACGUACACGUCAGCUCCCAGCACCGGAGCGGCUGUGAUUUACAACGUUAACAGUCAACGUUCGAGUCAUCAUAUACCGGAAUCAGGCAACGUUGUUGUGAUGGCGGAUACUUACAAAGAGUUUUCGUCUGACACAUCUCCUAUUGUGCCGGAAAUUAAGAUAAGGAGUAUGUCCUUUAGGGUUCGGGAGAUAGUGUUGGCUAGCAUCUCCCUUGUUGCUUUCAUUGUGUGCUUGGUACUUAUCGCGCUUGUGGCAACAAACCGCCGACAAUCUGGUGACUUAAACAUUUCCGGCGUCACCGCCGCGCAGACAGCUUUAAGGUCGCUUUGCACGGACGCACCCUGCCUUAAAGCUGCGGCUUACGCGGUGGCUUACAUGAACACGUCCGUCAACCCCUGCGAGAACUUUUACCAGUACGCGUGCGGGAACUUUCCGGCGCUCAAUCCUCUGGACGCUGACACGAACCAGAGAACAAUCUUCUGGAAUCUCUAUUACGAAAACGAGAACAAGCUACGGACGCUCCUGGAGGCGCCGCCAACAAGAAAUUCCGCCUGGUCCGCCGAGAAGAAGCUUAAGGAUUUUUUCAUGUCAUGCAUCGAUGAUUACGGGAAGAUGCGAGUCGGAGGUAGAGCGUUCAUUGAGAAGAUAAUUCAGCCGCUAGGGGGCUGGGAUGUUAUUGGCACGUUUAGGGCGGAUACCUUUGAUCUUAACACGUGGCUGCAGAAAACCAGCAUAGAUUUCUGGACAGCCGCCCUUUUCACAUUCCGAGUAGUUAACGAUGAGGUUGAUCCGGAGAAUCGCGUCAUUGAGAUCGACAUGGCCGGUAUGGGGAUGGGAUGGCCGUACUACACACUGCCAACAGCGGAACAGGUUCGACAACAUUAUCGGAAGUUCAUUCGGUCUGUGGCCCAGCUGCUUGCUCGGGACUCGGGAUUGAGUCAAGACCCAGCUCAGUUGUCGACGAAAAUCGACAACUUCGUAAAUGACGUUUUCGAAAUCGAAUUCCAACUGGCUAAUAUUACCGCUAACACACAGCCCUCUAGCGACCCGCACAACCACGAGAACCGGAUCAGUCUGACGGAGCUCAACACUCAGACGAACAAUGUCGUGGACUUUGUGGCCUUCUUACGGUACAUGUUCGGCAGCACCAACGUGAACGGAAACACUCGCGUCAUCGUUCAGGAAUAUGACUGGAUCCGCCGGAUGCUGGAGAUGGUUGCCAACCUGCCCGCCGAAAACAAAACAAGAAUGCUGAGUAACUACUUUAUCUGGAGAUGCGCACGGACCUAUGCCCAGGAGAUCUCGUAUGAAUACACGCACCUAAACCGAAUCUUCUCCGAUGACGUAACGGGCAACCAGAACUUCUGGGGUACUUGGCACCAUUGUUUUUACCAUGCUAACCGUGAUAUGCCGGACGCUCUAGGGUCCUUGUACGCCAAACAACAUUUCAAUGACAAAAAUAAAGAUAAGGCUGAGGAAAUAGUCCAAUACAUUAAGGAACAACUGAUCGCCGCUGUAGAUUCGAAUAAAUUUCUAGAUGAUCCCACAAAAGAAAAGGCGAAGACAAAGCUUAAAGCUUCUACGGACAAAAUGGGUUACCCCGAUAUAUACUUGAAUGACGCUGAUAUUGACAACAUAUACCAAGACAUUGCUAUUAACAGGUCAGACUACUUUCAAAACCUCCUCAAUCUAAACGCGUUUGAAAAAGCCGAUUGGACAAGGCGACUUACAAAAAGAGAGGACAAGUCACGUUGGCUGUACAACUCCUACGACACCUCCAUGACGUUUUUCAACUCAUGGAACCAGCUUCUGGUUCCCGCUGGAAUGCUUCAGUUUCCUGUCUACGAAUGGACCCUUCCGCACUACUUUAAUUUCGGUUCGAUGGGGUCGCUUGUGGGUCAUUACAUAGUGCAUGCUAUUGAUAACUGGGGCGGCAACUACGACGAGCACGGCGUAUACGGCUCCUGGUACACCAACGCCAGCAAGGUGGCGUACACGAAGGUGGAGGAAUGCUUCGCUAACGCCUAUAUGAACAAAACCAUGGGGCCAUUCCAGUUGAGCGAGCAGUCGCCGCCACAAACGGUACUCACGAACGGCGCGCGGUUUGCAUGGGAAGGACUUGCGGAAACUAGCGGCGUUAGACUCGCGUACAAGGCGUACAAGAAGUGGGUUGCUGACAAGGGCGAGGAGAGGCCGACGCCGUUGCCGCAUUACACCAACGACCAGAGCUUUUUCCUCUCUUACGCACAGACUAACUGUUACAACCGCGCAGACAAACUCGGCUUCAACUACGCUAACAGGCAACGAAUAUCGGAGGACAUAAGAGUAAAUACCGCGCUCUCGCUAUUGGAGGAAUUCACUUCCACUUUCCAAUGUCCUGAGGGAUCCAAGAUGCGCACGCAGAUGUCAUGUGACAUGUACGGAUGACAUCAUGUCGCUUGAUGUGUUAAGAUGAUGGAUGAUAACGCGUAGUUGACAAAUUCGGAUGUCGAUCAGUUUCAAAUACUCGCUUUAUAUUUUAAGUUUGGGAUUAUUGAGUACAGUUAUACAUUCAUGCAAAUAACUUAUUAUUAGAUUAGUCGAUUAUUUUGUUGUUGAUUCUUAAUAUCCAUAUAAUACUUACUAUUCAAUUUGAUCAUGUACGCUAUUCAGAUUUUAGACUAACUAAAAGCAUGCUGAUGAUGUACAUACUUCAUAUACGUCACGCCGUUGUUCUUAACAUAAAUUAAACCCACUAAAUGGUCAUUUGGAUCAAGAUGUAUGUCGUUAUUUAAUUAUUGGCUAAAAGAGCGGAAAGACCAAGUAUGUUGAUGAAGUAGUUUUGCAAUUUCACUUGAAUAAUAAAGUUAAGAACUUGGACAUAAUCAAAAUGA